AAGAAAAAAAAAAAAAAAAGGGGGAAAGAAAAGUUUCUUUGUCGAAGGCUUCCUGGGAAGCUUCUGUGUCGUGUCGGAUGGAGCCGCGUGGAAUAUGAACUAUACCCCAACAUGGUGCUGAUGACCGAGCAGGCGGACCGACCGGUGACCCCGCUCCCCGCCCCGGAGCAGCUCUCCAACAGGGACUCCCGAGGGAACCGGUCGGAGGCGGAUCCCGGGGGGGAGAGGAGGCACAGGAGGCGGGGGGGCUCACCUGGAGGCCUGCAGCUGUGUCUGGACACAGCGGCGGACCCCCCGGAGGGCCUCAGGAAACCAGGCGGCAUGAGAACCAGACCGGCCGAGCGACCGUCUCCGCUGCCGAGUCCGAAGGUCGAGAGGAAAAAAUCCCAGCACACUCACUUAUCGAAGACCAACGGCCAGUAUCACAAGUUGUUCAAGGAGGUCAGACGAGAGGAGCUCCUCAAGCAAAGCUACACCUGCGCCCUGCAGAGAGACAUCUUGUACCAGGGAAAAAUGUUCGUCUCCGACAACUGGAUCUGUUUCCACUCCAAAGUCUUCGGCAGAGAUACCAAGAUUUCCAUCCCAGCGGCGUCCGUGACCUUCAUCAAGAAAACGAAAACGGCGCUGCUGGUGCCGAACGCGCUGGUGAUCGAAACCAUGAGUGAUCAGCAUGUGUUUGUUUCCUUCCUCUCACGAAACAACACCUACAAACUCCUGAAUUCCAUCUGCAUUCACCUGGACGUGGAUAAGACUUGUAGCAGCUCCUUUAUUUCCUCCUGUGAGAACAGCUUCAGGGGGAAAUGCCCCACGUCGCUUCCUUUGGACUUUUCUGCAGACUUCUCCCACCUGGGUGGAGUGGUGCAGCAGAGGCGACAGGAGAUGAUGGAGAGCAGCAGCUCCGGCUCUCAGACUCCAGAUUAUGACAAAAUAUCUGACUUCCCGGACACGUUUCUGAGUGCCGUGAAGAGCGCCGAGGUGUCGGUCCACGCCGACGUUCACCUUCAGACUCCGAGCCAAAAACACGGAGCCGCCCUGAACAACGGGUCCACGAAGCUCAAAGACAAAUCCUCGCAGCCAGCGUCCCUGCAAGCCAUCCUCCUCCUCUAUUUGUUUCUGGUCGCUGUCCUCGUCCUGUCCUCCUGUUACAUGGCUUUCAAGAUCGUGGCUCUGGAGCACCGGCUGAACUCCCUGGUCUCUGUGGGCCGGCACGUCCGUGGCGCGGACGCGGUGGGCCAGCGGCCUCCGGAGGACGUGAACGCUGAGAUCUACGGAGAGCUGUCCUCCAACUUGCUCAAGCUAGAAACGAUUCAAAGAAACCUUCGGAAGCUACUUGAAGAGACCUGAAAGAAGACGUGUGUCCGUCUGUUCUUUCCUGAUAGAGAUGUUGGUUUAUCACUGAAGAUCAGCAGAGAUCACGUUUGGUGGCCGGCUGAUUCAGAAAGCUUUCUUAAAACAGAUUGAACUUUAACUUUGUGCAAUAAUAGCUUCAUUCCUCGUUCCACUCAGGACUAUUUUAUUACUUUUUUAAAACACAAUGUUGUGCGCGAGCGUUAACUGGGUCCACGCGUUGGUGAGGAGGACCUCUAGGCAUGUGUGCAGUAUUUAUCAGGGGACCUUUUAUUUUGUAUUUCACAACGUGGGUUUUUUUUAAGGUCCAAAGGUCACAUUUCCAUGUUUUCCAAACAUGUCUUAAAAGGUCAAUUCUAUUAUAUUUAUAUCAUGUGUAAAAAUCACUCCGAUAUGGAUGAUAGUACAAUAUCUUUGAAUGACAUUUCAAGACAACUUCCUGUUACAGGGUGUUGUAGCAGACGAUAGAAAGUGAGCUGCUUGUGUGAGUAGAAGUUUCUUAGGUGAAACGUGUGAUAGUUGUUUUUUAUUUUAAAUGGUUUUUUUAACCAUGUAAAUUUUAGUUUGAUCCUCUUAGUUUAUUUCAGAGCGUCUCAGUAGCUGAUAGUUUAAAAUGCAUCGUCCUGUGCUUUUCAACAGAAACUUUUUUUUGUCGAGUGUGUAGCAACAGACCUCUCAAUCAUUUCAGGAGCAAGGAGAAGAAAAGGAUUGUGCUUUGUUUACAUCUAGAUCACAAACCGCCUUUAACUGGUUUCAAUAAACGUCUGUGAUACACUUUC